UGUGCUCAGCUGGAUAGUGACAAGAGAGCGUCUACUUGGUCUCACGUCUCGAGAAAACAAAUCUUAGUUAACGCAAUUUUUUGUGCGUUUUUGGACGUUUUAACGGAAGCAAUGGAGAGCGACUGUACGGAUUGAUUUGCAUUUAACGUGCAUUUACUGAGUUCACAAUAAUUUACGAAGGAUACGCGGUUGUCUUUGGACAAGUUUGGCAAGUUAGCCAACCUGUUUCGUGUGCCAUGUGGGAGUAAACCUUCCCAGGAGGUGCCAUGCUAGCUACACAGAUGCCAGAUUCGCCACCUGACGCUAAAUAUGUCAAACAGAUCAAAGAGAAGUUGGCCCAGUCGCUCAAGGCCCUGCAGAAGCGUUAUGUAAUGUCAGACGUACAGGUCACCAGUGAAGAUGGUGAUGCUAACCUCCUCUGCUGUGCCCUGGAGGCCAUAUUCAUCCAUGGUAUUAAGAGCAAGUACAUCCGCUUGGAGGCUGGGGGCCGGAUUAGGAAGGGAGACCGAGGACCCCUCCCUCAGCCUUUCUUCUGGAGCCUCCUCAAGACUGUCACUCACCGUGAUGUGAUCACAGAGCUGGAGAAGAUCAGCUUUGUGGGCACGGACGUGGGUCGCUGCCGAGCGUGGCUGCGGCUCGCCCUCAACCACGGCCUACUGGAGUGCUACCUUGCAUCGCUGUUUCGGGAGGAUUCGAAGCUGCAGGCCCAUUAUCAGCCCAGUGCCUUGCUCCUGAACACUGAGGAACGGGAAGUUCUGCUCAGCUACCUCCAGGGUCUGGCGUCACUUACAUUCAGCCUUUCUUACAAGUCGGCUGUCCUCAACGAAUGGACCACCACGCCCCUGGCUCUCGCUGGACUCUGCCCCUUGUCCCAGGCAGACACACUCGACCUCCCUCUCAAUGGCGGAGACCUUCCCACCUCCAAGCCCAUGUAUAAAGAAUCGUGGGAUAGAGUGUCUCAGUCGUCAGGCUCAUCAGAUGCAUUGGAUAUGCCGAGAGGGUGUGCAGAGUUGCUGGUGGGGAGAGGGUCAAGUGCAUUACAAGAGGGUAUGACUGCACUCAACUCAUCUAAUUUAAGCCUGGACACCACAGGCUCCUCUCAGCUCUCCUCCAGCUUGAGCUCUGAUAGCCUCCUGCAGGGGCAGGACCCCCGCAGCCCGACAGGAGAGCAGUGGUCUUCAUGUGACCUGGACAUGCCCAUUAAUGUCAACAUCAGCACCAAGAGGCCAAAUAAAAAUUCUCUGACUGAGUUUCGGGAGAGCGGCCACUGCAGUCAGGACUCCAUGCGUGAAGACUCCUUUGUCUCCAGCACGGGUCCAGAUCAAUACUCAGAGACGGCCAUUUUCAGUGGCUCUGACAGCGAGACCCAGGGUCCCAUUACACCAUCCCAAGACCAACCCCCAAACUCUGUACUGUCUGAUUCAGAACCACCACCAACAUCCCUUGAGCUGCCAUCAUCUGAUGAGAACCAUCAGAUGAUGAACUACUCUCCCUCUGAAGAGUGCAUUAGUACCCCUUCUGAGUUACACUUGGACACGCUCUCUACUGCCAGCGAGCCUGUGGAAUCUGUGGAGCCUGUAGAGGAAAUACAUACGACCGGAGUUCAGGAGAGUACUGAGCCUGUCCAGGAAGAGAAAGAAGCCGAGACCUCGGAGAAGAGCACCUCAGAGCCUUCAGUACAUCAAGGUGUCUGUCGCUCUACCAGCAUCCUGAGCAGGAAAUUGUCCACAGAUUCUCUAUCACAUUCUCGUUCCUGGAUCUCCGAGGACGACAUAUACAAGCCCCAUUUGGAGGAGGUGUCGGACCAUGAUGAGGUGCCUCCUUCCUAUCCCACAGCCGAGCUCAAGGUCUCUCAGUCACCUCCCAGUGUCGUCCAUCGCAGACAAAUAGGGCUGUCCAACCCGUUUCGUGGCUUGGUGAAGCUCGGUCAUCUAGAGCGACGAGGUGCAAUGGGGUUGUGGCGUGACUAUUACUGCGAGCUGUCACCCUUUGAGUUCCGCCAGUAUCUCAAUGCAGAGGAGCGGACGUGUUAUGACAACUGCUCCCUGGUGCGAUGUGAGGACGCUCGCAUCACCUCGCCUGAGGGCCGCUUUGAGUUGGCCUUUCCUGGAAAGCGUCUGUACCUCCGGGCAGCCAAUCGCGACGAAGCUGAGGACUGGGUAGACCGGAUAGUAGAGGCCGUCAACAAAUGCCGGCCAGCAUCUCGUGUUGAUGAGCACUGGGAGGUGCUGCAACCCACCAGUGAGAAUGGUGUAGAUGAACGCACAGUUUCAUCCCCGUCCUCUGGGCCCUCCAGCCCUGAGCGAGGUUUAUCACCCUCUGACUCAGGGACAUGCGGAGGGCAGGAGGUACCUCCUCCUCUACAGGAAUUUGACUGGAGUCGGUCUGCUGAUUUGGAAACAGAUGCCAUCAAAGAAGCUGUUUUGUACGUCUCCACAGAUCCUGAGGCUCGGACAUGGGUACCUCUGGUCUUCUCCCUCUCCUUGGAGGCCUUGAAAGGCUUUCAGGUACAAGAGGGAAGGAAGUUGCUGUGGCAAACCCACCCUAUUGAGGGAAUCCGGGAUGUGGUGCCUGACGUCUCAUUGGGAGGACCGGCCUUUUUCAAACUCCUGACCAUAAGGGAGACGCUUAGACUCAGGGCUGAGAACCCAGUGGAGGCUCACUCUUGGAGGGUUUUGAUCCGCGGAGCUCUGGACUCUUACUUGGAGAGUGGGGAGGAUGGGGACUCUGGGGAGCCUGUUGCAUCGUUGGGGGUGACUGGAAAUCUCCACAGACUGGUGCAGCACAGACUAAAAGAAGAUGGAGCACUUCUAGUUCAUCUGCGCACUGUGCCCUCAGAGAAGGGGCUGGACACUCAGAGCUUCAAAUGUGCAGGGUGUCCUCAGCAGAUUGGCCCGUCCCGGGGGAGAGCCAAGUUAUGUGAGUUCUCAGGCCAGUACUACUGUGACUCCUGUCAUCACGGUGACACCACCAUCAUCCCUUCACGUAUGGUGCACAACUGGGACCUCACACAACGAGAGGUGUCUAAGAAGGCCCUGCAGCUGCUGGCUCAGGUAGAGCAGGAGCCUCUGUUGAACCUGGAGCAGUUGAACCCUGACUUGGUGAAGCAUGCUGAGUCCAUGGCUCAGGCCCACAACCUGCGGCAGAGGCUACGCCUGCUGGGCGACUACCUGCUCACCUGCCGCAGUGGAGCCUGCAAGAAACUCCAAGCCAGAAUGGAGCAGCGAACGUACCUGUUGGAGUCGAGCCAUCUGUACAGUGUCAAGGACCUACGACAGAUAGCAGAGGACGAAUACGGAAGCUACCUGAACACACUGUUGCAGUAUGCCUCCAACCACGUGUUCCACUGCGACCUGUGCACUCAGCGUGGCUUUAUUUGUCAGAUAUGCCACGCUGAUGACAUCAUCUUCCCCUUCCAGUUUGACAUCACCACCAGGUGUAAAGAUUGUAAGGCUGUGUUUCACCUGGCUUGCAAGGCUCCUGGGGACUACUGUCCUCGCUGUCUGCGAAUGAAGAAAUACCUGGAGAGGGAUCUGCAGGACUGAGCGCAGCCAGCAGGGCGGUGCUGUGUAGCCCGUCUAACAGGCCACCUUUUUCAGGAAGCUAGAAGCCCGCUGAUGGAGAGAAAAAUUACAGAAAAAACUUUUACAUGAAGUAACCUCAAGUGCAAUUAUGACUGCGGUUUGCCUGCCGUAACUGACCGUAACCGAAGAGGAAGGUGUAAGAGCCGCAGUGCUACAGUAGCUAGACUCUCUUGCACUAAUUAUAGAGGCCCAUUGGGCCUCAUGAUACUGACAUAAUGCAGCCAACUGUUACUGACCAGUGACUUUAAUACCUCUCUGAAUUCUGAUUCAGCCACGGCAUCAAAUAAAGGACUGGACAGCCGUGAAGGUUGCUGCCAAGAAUCGUAUCCAACACAUUUUUACAAUGUGGGUUUUUACUUUGUUUGUCUUUUUUGUGUUGAGUACAAUGUUCUCGACCAGCAUGUUUACCAGAAAUUCUCUACAUUACAUUCUGCAUUUGUCUGAGAUGCACAAAGUCGCAUAUAACAUAAUAGAACGGUGAGGUUGGGUACUGUACGUGCAAAAUAUCGAAAACAGCACUUAAAAUGUUCUAAUUAACAUAUUUUGAUUGUGCCUUCUUUUUAAUUUAAGCUUUACACUAUUUUCCUCUUGGUGUGUCUUUAAUUCAGGGCCAAAAAUCAUCACAUAGGGUGUUUUUUAAAUUUUUUAAUUUGCUGUAACCAUAAGAUGAAAUUACAUUGCUGCAUUAGAUACUGAUUUUGUGUGAUGGUAAAAAUCAGUCACCAAGAAGACUUUGUGGAAUGUUUCUCUCUCUUGUAUAUUAACUCAAGUUUAUAAAUCUUACAAACAGGCGUUGAUAUGUGUGACUUAAAAUACAGCUCUGAGAGGGGAGAUUUAAAAAUUAUAUUUGGGCAAACAUUUGUUAUUUAUUAUGACAUAAUUCAUAAAGUUGCUAAAGUAGAUAAAUUAUGAAUGUGUUACAGAAACACAUUUGUGCAAAUAAAGAUUUGGGGGGGAAAUGAUUGGAUUUCACAGUGAUCCUGAAGUCAAAACACAUUUUGCAUGUUUGCACUUAGCUACGACUGUUAACUUGAUAUUUCAACUGGAAUUUAGUUGUAAUAUCCUCUAGCACAUAGAAUGACCCCUAAACGAACAAACCUGCAUUGCUGACAUUUUUCAUUUUGCUCAAUUUCAUUUUCAUCUCUUGAAUAGUUGACUCUGAUGUAGAGUUGAACUCGCAGAAUUAACAUCAACUAGAUUUUUUAUUUAGCAGAAUCUGCAGAGAACAAAAAACAUUGACGGUUUACUCAUCAAGUCCAUUUUGAUAUAUGCAGAAUAUAUCACUUGCAAGUGGCAAGCACAGAAUACUGCAGUACUAUUAUUCCUGGUUUGUAUUUUAUUUUUUAUUGUCAUUUAUUAUGUAUCAUGUAUAAAUGACCAUUAUCUAAUAAAUGUCAGUGUGUUA